CGCGCUAGCGGGCUGAGGAAUCUCCGGGGCGGGCGCGUAGAGCUGGCGAAGUGCUUUGGCGGAGGCAGCGCGGAGGAAGGAGGUCGGUUCGGCGGCACGGGAAGAAACCUGAGUCCGGGCGGGACGACCGACUGAGGGAGGCGGCAUGUCGGUGGCGGGGCUAAAGAAGCAGUUCUACAAGGCGAGCCAGCUGGUCAGCGAGAAGGUUGGCGGGGCUGAGGGCACAAAGCUGGACGAUGACUUCAAAGAGAUGGAAAAGAAGGUGGAUGUCACCAGCAAGGCCGUGGCAGAGGUGCUGGUCAGAACCAUCGAGUACCUGCAGCCCAACCCAGCCUCACGGGCUAAGCUGACAAUGCUGAACACUGUAUCGAAGAUCCGGGGCCAAGUGAAGAACCCUGGCUACCCGCAGUCAGAGGGGCUGCUGGGCGAGUGCAUGGUCCGCCACGGCAAGGAACUGGGCGGAGAGUCCAAUUUUGGCGAUGCCCUGCUGGAUGCAGGCGAGUCCAUGAAGCGCCUGGCUGAGGUGAAGGACUCACUGGACAUCGAAGUCAAACAGAAUUUCAUCGACCCGCUGCAGAAUCUGUGUGACAAGGACCUGAAGGAGAUCCAGCACCACCUGAAGAAACUGGAGGGCCGCCGCCUGGACUUUGACUACAAGAAGAAACGACAGGGCAAGAUCCCUGAUGAGGAGCUGCGGCAGGCCCUGGAGAAGUUUGAGGAGUCCAAGGAGGUGGCAGAGACCAGCAUGCACAACCUCCUGGAGACUGAUAUUGAGCAGGUGAGUCAGCUCUCAGCCCUGGUGGAUGCCCAGCUGGACUACCAUCGGCAGGCAGUGCAGAUCCUGGAGGAGCUGGCAGACAAGCUGAAGCGUAGAGUGCAGGAAGCCUCCUCACGCCCCAGGCGGGAGUUCAAGCCCCGGCCUCGGGAGCCCUUCGACCUUGGAGAGCCAGAACAGCCCAAUGGGGGAUUCCCCUCCGCCCCAGCACCCAAGAUCACAGCUUCUUCGUCAUUCAGAUCAGCAGACAAGCCCGCCAGGACACCCAGCAGGAGUAUGCCACCCCUGGACCAGCCAAGCUGCAAGGCACUGUAUGACUUUGAGCCUGAGAAUGACGGUGAGCUGGGCUUCCGCGAGGGUGACCUCAUCACACUCACCAACCAGAUCGAUGAGAACUGGUACGAGGGGAUGCUGCACGGCCAGUCGGGCUUCUUCCCGCUCAGCUAUGUGCAGGUGCUGGUGCCCCUGCCUCAGUGACCAUGCCUGCACUCUGACUCCCUGCACAUUGUGGCAGCAGCCUAACGCCAAGGUGCUCUAGAAACACUAACGUUCCUCCAGGGGGACCCUCCUCCUCACUCUCCCAACCCUGGGCCCCCAUUCCUAAGACUUGGGAAGGUCCACCCUGAGGUCCUAUUGCCUUCCUGAUGGUGGCAGCUCCCACCUGUUUCAAACCCUCCCAGCCCGUUGCUGGCGAUGGGCCCUGGCCCCUUUUCCAGGCUCCCCAGAAGCAGGUGGGCCCUUGGAGUCUCCAUUCUGCAAGCUGAGGCUGGCCAGUACCCCAACUUGACACACAGAAAUGCUUAGCACACAUGUGCACACCUCCCACGGGACCACAGAACCAGCCUCAGCCCUGCCGAAGGCCAAGCACAAAGGCCCCGAAGAGAGGACAUUCCCAGGUCCCUGGCAAAGUGAGACAGCUCCAUUGCUACCUGUCCAUGUGACCCUGCACCUGUGGGUUACCACAGCCCCAGCUCCGCAUCAUACCCUGCCAGGUGCCAGCAAGUGAGGCCUCCAGCCUGGGCUCAGUCACAUUCCUCUCUACAGUGUUCCCACAACCUAUGGCUCAUCCCUGGCAUGUGGGGCCACACUCCACAUCCCCAGUGGGCAACAAUGUCCCGCUCCAGCCCGGGCUGAAGUGAACUCUACUCCUGAUUUUUUUUAAAGUAUUAAAUGUCUCUUUCUACA